UUUUUGUUUGUUAAGAACUUAUUUGCUACUUUUGAUUUGUUUAAUGAUAGAUGGUUGUUAAGGUUGUAAUGAAAGUAUUGUCAAAAAAAAAAAGAAGCUGUAAUGAAAUUAUGGUUAUGCUUUUAUUUAGUGAGUUUUUUUAGUAAUGCAUUUUUAUUAGAGGGAAACAAAGUAUAGUUCAUUUUCCUGAAAAUUGAUUAAUAAGUUGUAUGAGAUUAAUUUUAUUUUCCAAAUCUAAAUUCAUGUUUCUUUUCUUCUGGAUGCUCUUACAUGAAUGUAAUUAGCUUAUGCUUUCUUAAUUAUUGCAUGUUUGGAUUGUCGGUGAGUUCGGUAAAAAUUAUGGUGACACCUGAAAGUGUAGCUUUUAGCAAAAUCACUGUGGUACACUUUGAUUCUGGAGCAAGCAAAGUGAUUUAAAGAUGGGUUCUUUAUGUGAUUUUUGCGGAGACCAGAGGUCCGUGGUGUACUGCCGCUCUGAUGCUGCUUCCUUAUGUUUGUCAUGUGAUCGAAAUGUUCAUUCUGCUAACACACUUUCUAAGCGUCAUUCAAGAACACUUGUAUGUGAGAGAUGUAAUUUACAACCUGCAUAUGUGAGGUGUGUUGAAGAGAAAGUUUCACUUUGUCAGAACUGUGAUUGGUCGGCUCAUGGUACCGAUCCAUCUUCUUCAACGCACAAGAGACAAUCAAUUAAUUGCUACUCUGGCUGUCCUUCAGCUUCCGAGCUUUCUUCAAUAUGGCCCUUUUUCUCAGACAUCCCUUCUAUGGGUGAAGCAUGUCAGCAGGAACUCGGUUUGAUGAGCAUUAAUGAUAACAGCGAAAAUAAAUCUAUUCUUCCUCCAGAAAGCAAGAAUGUGUCUGGUUCUACUCAAUUUGCCGAUCUUCCCAGCAAGGAUAAGUCAAGGGUCAGCACAUCUUCAAUACCCGAGUCAAGUGCAAAAUCUUAUAUUAUUGACCAGGCGCCUGGACCUUCCGAUGAAUGUAUGCCUAAGGAACAGUUACAAUGUUCCAGUAGAAAGUCUCCUGCACUUUGUGAAGAUGAUAAUUUUUAUGAUGAUUUCAACAUAGAUGAUAUGGAUCUUGAACUCGAGAACUAUAAGGAAAUUUUUGCUUUUGCUCUCAAUCACUCAGAAGAGUUUUAUGAAAAGGGCAGUAUUGAUAGCUUAUUUGAAAGAAAAGACAUGUCUGCUAGUGAUGUUGCUGCUGAGGGGCCAUCAGCUCGGUUUAUCAGUUCUAUCCAACCAGCAUGCAGCAAUGCAGCAUCUGCAGAUUCAAUAUUAAGUACUAAAACUGAACCGGUUCUUUAUUUCACGGAAAGGCAAUCUCAAUCAAACAUUUCAUUUUCCAGUGCUACAAAAGAUGCUAGUGCUGGUGGCAGUCUAGAGUGUGGUGCUUCCUCAAUGCUUCUCAUUGGGGAGCCUCCCUGGUCUCCUCCUUGCCCUGUGACUUCUAUUCAAUCUGCUAAUCGAAGCAAUGCUGUCAUGCGUUAUAAGGAAAAGAAAAAGAAUCGGAAGUUUGAUAAGAAAGUAAGAUAUGCUUCUCGGAAGGCUAGGGCUGAUGUCAGAAAACGUGUGAAAGGCCGGUUCGUCAAAGCUGGGGAAACAUUCGACUAUGACCCUUUGAGCGAAACCAGAAGCUGCUGAGUAUAUACCGUUUAACCAUGUUCUAUGAAACAAAAGAAACACAGCUAAAAAUAUCAUUUGUUCUUUAAAAAAAAAUCGAUGAAAUUUGAUGCAAUGACAAACAUUGAUUUUAUCAAAGGAGCCUUUAUUCUCUUCAAGAGAAUGAAGGUUCUAACGAAGCCAAAAUCCAAUGAAUUGACAAUAUUAGCUCGGGAGGGACCUUCGCUGCAAAAGAUAUCAAAGUUGUGAUGUCAACUAACAUGUCACCAGGUCCCCCUUCAAGCAAUGUGUCUUGAAUCUUGAUUCCCUUUUAGAGGCAAAUCAUGGCUCUUGAUUCUAAUGUAAUGCACAAUUCAUUGUUAGUCAUUUGGCCAUGAUAUUGUUCAUUCAUUGUUUGUCAUUAUUUUUGUUAAUUCCACACUAAUUUAAGCCAAUGUAUGAAGAACUGCAAGAUAUGGCAUGUUAAGUCAGUGUUGUAGAAUGUAAUGUUUUGUGAUACAUACAUGUAGAUUGAGUUGUAAUUGCUUAAGUUAUUUAGAUAUGAGAAUUGUAAAUUUGAAGUUUAUGUAUAGAAUAUGAUGUCAUCUAUUAUGAUGAUAGGUUGAACACGUAUUGGUAGAAGUUUUGUUGGUAUGUUGUUUGGGUCAUUGUUUGCAUUGUGUACUUCAAUUGUAAACUCUUUCAUAAAAGAACUGCAAUUAUAUUUAAGAAAUUUAUGUGU